AUGAAACCAAUGUUCGCACGCAUCAUAGUUACCUGUACAGUAGCUACGAUGCUUAUAUGUGUGUAUAUUGUCGCUGAGUGUAAAGUCAUCAACGAAAACAAUGAAGUGGCGAUACAGUAUCUGCAGAAAUACGGUUUUUUGAACGAAAAGAUGGAUACGUUUGCCACUAGUGAAGAUCAGUUGGUUCUUCGACACGCUAUCAACCUCUUUCAAGAAUACUACAGAUUACCUGGUACUGGUAAAGUGGACAACGCAACUCUAAGCCUGAUGAGUAAACCGCGAUGCGGUCUACGUGACAUAUUGAAUUUCGGAGAGAGCAAAGUUAUACCUAAGUGGUCGAAACGACACUUAACGUGGAAUUUUCACUUGACCAACAGAGCGCUCUUGGAUACAACUCAGGCAGCGUUCGAUUUGUGGCAGAAACAUUCGUCGCUAACAUUUGAACGUGCUGUUGAAAACCCAAAUAUUCUGAUAUCGUUGCGCGACGGCCAUCAUAUGUUCCUCGAUCGUCGAAACGGUGAAUUGUGCUCGAGCGUUUUGGACGGUCCCGGCGGCACGUUGGCUCACGCGUUCUAUCCCAAUGGAGCGUCGAAUUUCACGUCGGAGGUUCACGUCGACAGGAUGGAACAGUGGCAUAUAUAUCUAGAUAUGGGGCUAGAUCAUAGUCACGACACUACGUCGAUAAUGUAUUCAUUCAUACCUGACAGUACUUUUCCUGUCACACUAAACACCGAGGGCAUUAUAAACAUACAAAAUCUAUACGGCGCUACGGAUACCGACGUGUUACCGAAAACGACUCCCAGACCGCCACCACCACCACCACCGCAGCCAACACCGAGCGUUCCACCGGAUCUGUGCGCCUUGAAACGUGUUGAUAUGAUAUUACUGUUGGAACAACGAAUAAUCUAUAAACUGAACUACCCAGACUUCACGCUAGUACCAACUUGGCCGAGAACUCUCAAAGACUUUGGAAUUCCUAUGGAUGCGAAAAUAGACGCUGCCGUGAACACUAACAAAGGAAAGUCUUACGUAAUAUACAAUAGAUAUAUCGUCGGUGAGAUAGACGACUGCUCCGAUAGCAUUAGCAGGUUUCACACCAUUGAGUCGACUUUUCCUGGCAUACCAAACGGAGUGACGUCAGUCUUCAGAUACCUCGACGGUAAUCUGUAUUUCACAACUCGACGACAAUUUUACAAAUUCAACGAGUUUACGAAAACUGUACUAACGGCAG